UGGGAAGCCAGUGAAGGGAUUGGCAGAGAGGGGUGGAGGACACUGAGUGGAGGCCAGUGGAGGGAUUGGCAGAGAGGGGUGGCGGACACUGAGUGGAGGCCAGUGGAGGGAUUGGCAGAGAGGGUGGAGGCCAGUGGAGGGAUUGGCAAAGAGAGGUGGAGGACACUGAAUGGAGGCCAGUGGAGGGAUUGGCAGAGGGGGAUGGAGGACACUGAAUGGAGGCCAGUGGAGGGAUUGGUGGAGGACACUGAAUGGAGGCCAGUGGAGGGAUUGGCAGAGAGGGGUGGAGGACACUGAGUGGAGGCCAGUGGAGGGAUUGGCAGAUAGGGAUGGCUGAUACAGAAUGUCGGCCAGUGAGGAGGGAGUUACAAUAGUCGAGGCG